AUGGAUCCCUCCAUAACUAACACCACAGCUUUUCCUCCAGAAACCAACAUCACUACAAUCACCACAACGUGGAUCCCUCCAGAAACUAACACCACAGUUUUUCCUCCAGAAACCAACAGCACCACAUCGUGGAUCCCUCCAGCAACUAACACCACAGCUUUUCCUCCAGAAACCAAAACCACCACAACGUGGAUCCCUCCAAUAACCAACACUACAGCUUUCCCUCCAGAAACCAUCACCACUACAACGUGGAUUCCACCAGUAACUAACACUACUGCGUAUCCCCCAGAAACCGACACCACCACAACAUGGAUCCCUCCAAUAACUAACACCACAGUUUUUCCUCCAGAAACCAACACCACUACAACAUGGAUCCCUCCAGUAACUAACACCACAGCUUUUCCUCCAGAAACCAACACCACCACAACGUGGAUCCCUCCAGAAACCAAUACCACCACAACAUCGAUCCCUCCAGUAACUAACACCACAGCUUUUCCUCCAGAAACCAACACCACUACAACAUGGAUCCCUCCAGAAACCAACACCACCACAACAUGGAUCCCUCCAGUAACUAACACCACAGCUUUCCCCCCAGAAACUAUCACCACUACAACGUGGAUUCCACCAGUAACUAACACUACUGCGAAUCCUCCAGAAACCAACACCACCACAACAUGGAUCCCUCCACUAACUAACACCACAGCUUUUCCUCCAGAAACCAACACCACUACAACAUGGAUCCCUCCAGAAGCCAACACCACCACAACAUCGAUCCCUCCAGUAACUAACACCACAGCUUUCCCCCCAGAAACUAUCACCACUACAACGUGGAUUCCACCAGUAACUAACACUACUGCGAAUCCUCCAGAAACCAACACCACCACAACAUCGAUCCCUCCAGUAACUAACACCACAGCUUUCCCCCCAGAAACUAUCACCACUACAACGUGGAUUCCACCAGUAACUAACACUACUGCGAAUCCUCCAGAAAGCAACACCACCACAACAUGGAUCCCUCCAGUAACUAACACCACAGCUUUUCCUCCAGAAAUCAACACCACUACAACAUGGAUCCCUCCAGAAACCAACACCACCACAACAUCGAUCUCUCCAGUAACUAACACCACAGCUUUCCCUCCAGAAACCAACACCACAACAACGUGGAUUCCACCAGUCACUAACACUACUGCGAAUCCUUCAGAAACCAACACCACCACAACAUGGAUCCCUCCAGUAACUAACACCACAGCUUUUCCUCCAGAAACCAACACCACUACAACAUGGAUCCCUCCAGAAACUAACACCUCCACAACAUGGAUCCCUCCAGUAACUGACACCACAGCUGUGCCUCCAGUAACUAACACCACAGCUUUUCCUCCAGAAACCAACACCACUUCUACAUGGAUCCCUCCAGAAACCAACACCACCACAACAUGGAUCCCUCCAGUAACUAACACCACAGCUUUUCCUCCAGAAACUAACACUACUACAACGUGGAUCCCUCCAGAAACCAACACCACCACAACAUGGAUCCCUCCAGUAACUAACACCACAGCUUUUCCUCCAGAAACUAACACUACUACAACGUGGAUCCCUCCAGAAACCAACACCACCACAACAUGGAUCCCUCCAGUAACUAACACCACAGCUUUUCCUCCAGAAACCAACACCACCACAACGUGGAUCCCUCCAGAAACCAACACCACCACAACAUCGAUCCCUCCAGUAACUAACACCACAGCUUUCCCCCCAGAAACUAACACUACUACAACGUGGAUCCCUCCAGAAACCAACACCACCACAACAUGGAACCCUCCAGUAACUAACACUACAGCGUUUCCUCCAGAAACCAACACCACCACAACGUGGAUCCCUCCAGAAACCAACACCACCACAACAAUGAUCCCUCCAGUAACUAAUACCACAGCUUUCCCUCCAAAAACCAACACCACCACAACAUGGACCCCUCCAGUAACUAACACCACAGUUUUCCCUCCAGAAACCAAUACCACCACAACGUGGAUCCCUCCGGUAACUAAUACCACAGCUUUCCCUCCAAAAACCAACACCACCACAACGUGGACCCCUCCAGUAACUAACACCACAGCUUUUCCUCCAGAAACCAAUACCACCACAACGUGGAUCCCUCCAGUUACUAACACCACAGCUUUUACACCAUUAACCAACACCCCCACAACGUGGAUCCCUCCAGUAACUAACACCACAGCUUUUCCUCCAGAAGCUGCGACCACUCACAUGGGUGAUGAGUCAGUGUGGGAACGAAUUUCAAGUUUUUUCAGAGACCUUCAUUUCUAA